GAGUUCCAAAGGUUUAGUGACAUCAGUGAUCCAGAAGCCACUGACCAUGGGUUUCUCGGUGUUUAGUCUCGCCAAAAGCCUGGAUGGUGUCUCUGGGUUCUUCCAAGUGGUCUUCCUGCUCAGCCUAUUUCUUGUGCUGUUCAAGGCAAUCCAGUUCUACUUGCGAAGACAGUGGCUGGUCAAGGCCCUCCAGAAGUUCCCAUCCACACCCUUCCACUGGCUUUUGGGGCACAACCUGAAGGACCAGGAACUCCAGCAGAUUCGUAAAUGGGUAGAGAAAUUUCCAAAUGCCUGCCUAUAUUGGCUCUCAGGGAACAGAGUACGAGUCCUGCUCUACGAUCCUGACUAUGUGAAGUUGAUUCUAGGACGAUCAGAUCCAAAGGCUCACAGAACUUACCACUUGCUUGCUCCUUGGAUUGGUUUUGGUUUGCUCCUGCUGAAUGGGAAGAAGUGGUUCCAGCACCGGCGGAUGCUGACCCCAGCCUUCCACUAUGACAUCCUCAAACCCUACGUCAGAGUCAUGGCGGACUCUGUCAAUAUAAUGCUAGACAAAUGGGAGAAGCUUGGUGGCCAGGACUACCCUCUGGAGAUUUUUGAAUACAUCUCUUUGAUGACACUGGACACUGUUAUGAAGUGCGCGUUCAGCCACCAGGGCAGCGUCCAGUUGGAAGAAAAUUCCAGGUCCUAUGUGAAGGCUGUUGAUGACCUGAACACCCUGAUUUUCCUCCGAUCGAGGAGUGUCUUUUUUGAUUUCAGCCCAAUCUUCAAUAUGUCCUCUGAUGGCUGUUUGUUCCGCCGCGCCUGCCAGAUUGCUCAUGAGCACACAGAUGGGGUGAUCAAGAUGAGGAAGGCCCAGCUGCAGAAUGAAGAAGAGCUGCAGAAGGUCAAGAAUAAGAGGCACUUGGAUUUCUUGGACAGCCUCUUGUUUGCCAAAAUGGAGGCUGGGGACAGCUUAUCUGAUGAGGAACUUCGUGCCGAGGUGGACACAUUCAUGUUUGAGGGCCAUGACACCACAGCCAGUGGAAUCUCCUGGAUUUUCUAUGCUCUGGCCACCCACCCUGAGCACCAACAGAGAUGCAGAGAGGAGGUGCAGAGCAUUCUGGGUGAUGAGACCUCUAUCACCUGGGAGCACCUGGACAAAAUGUCCUACACCACCAUGUGCAUCAAAGAGGCCCUGAGGCUCUACCCAACAGUACCAGGUGUGAGUCGAGAGCUGAGCACACCUGUCACCUUUCCCGAUGGACGCUCCUUGCCCAAAGGUAUUACAGUCACAAUUUCCAUUUAUGGCCUUCACCAUAACCCAAGUGUGUGGCCGAACCCAACGGUGUUUGACCCCUAUCGAUUUGCACCAGAUUCUUCUCGGCACAGCCAUGCUUUCCUACCCUUCUCAGGAGGAGCAAGAAACUGCAUUGGGAAACAGUUUGCCAUGAACGAGCUGAAGGUGGCUGUGGCCCUGACCCUGCUCCGCUUUGAGCUGCUGCCAGAUCCCACCAGGAUCCCAGUCCCCAUUGCAAGACUUGUGUUGAAGUCCAAGAAUGGGAUCUACCUGCGUCUCAAGAAGCUGAAAUAAUACUGGUGGAGAAAAGGACAGCUUUGGAGGCCUGCUGUCUGCAAUACUAUUUGACAUCCGCUUUCAUCCCUGGCUUAUCUAUAUUUGUUUUGCUCUCUCUCUGACCCUAUCCCUCUGUUUUCUGUAAUGUCUCCUGCCAUCUUCCCGUCCUUAUUUCUGUAGCUCUCACCCAAAAUGUUUCCCAGCUUGGGCAUGUACCUGUUUCUCACCUGGUUGUAUCUCUGACUGAGCAUAUAACCCCUGAAACCAGUCCUCCAGGCUAGUCACCCUUUAAAACCACCAGCUUGAUAGAGGAAGAGAUAUUUUAAAGGGAGACACUCCAUUCAGUUAUCAGACUCUUGAGGCAAUGGGCAUCAUUAAUUAAAAUGUCCAUAGGAAUCACAUACUGGGAGAAAAUUAAUAAAAAUCUGCCCACCCGACACUGUUAAUGAUAUAUUUAUUAAGUGCCACUGUUGAUAAUAUGUUGCUAUACUUGCAGACAGGAGGCUAGCAUAACAGUUGUCUGAAUGGCUUCAUUAGGCGGCUGAUGAAAAUAGAUGCAAAGACCCCACAGCCAAACACUAGGUGGAACUUGAGGAAUAUAUAUAUAUAUAUAUAUAUAUAUAUAUAUAUAUAUAUUUUUUUUUUUUUUUUUGAGACAGGGUUUCUCUGUGUAGCUUUGGCUGUCUUGGACUUGCUUUGUAGACCAGACUAGCCUCAAACUUACAGAGAUCUACCUGCUUCUGCUUCUGCUGGGAUUACAUGCUUGCACCACCAUGCCAGGCUGAGGAAUCUUGUGGAAGAGGGGGAGAAAGUACUGAAAGAGCUAGAGGGGUCAAGGACACCAUAAGAAACCUACAAAAUCAAUUAAGCUGGGCCCAUAGGGGUUCACAAAGACUUAACCACCAACCAGAGAACAUCCACGGGACCGACCUAAGUCCUCUACACAUAUGUAAGAGAGGUGCAGCUUGGUCAUCAUGUGGGUCCUCUAACAACUGGAACAGAGGCUCUCUCCGACUAUGUUGCCUGCCUUUGAAUCCCUUUACCCUAACAGAGCAGCCUUCUCUAGACUCAGUAGGAGAAGAUGCACCUAGUCCUACUGUAACUUGAUAUGGCAAGGUGGGUUGGUAUACAUGGGAGGCCUCCUUUUCUCUGAGGCAUAGGGAAGAGGUGAGGUGAAAGAGAGGGGCUAGGAGGGGAGGAAGGGAGGAAGCUAUGGCCAGGAUGUAAAGUAAAUAAGUUAAUUAAUUAAUGAAAAAAAAAAACACUAAAAAUCUGGCACCGGAGAACUUGACUCACAAGUAAAGAUUUUACACAUUUCUGUUUAUCUCAUGGUAAAUUAAAUUAAUUGUAUGCAAA